GUUUACGUCAUCCAGGUCACUGACGGCAACCAUGAGUGGACGGUCAAGCACCGCUAUAGUGACUUCCAUGACCUGCAUGAAAAGCUCGUGGCAGAGAAAAAGAUCAAUAAAAACCUGCUUCCACCGAAAAAGAUCAUUGGGAAAAACUCCAGAAGCUUGGUGGAGAAGAGGGAGAAGGACCUGGAGGUCUAUCUCCAGAAACUCCUGGCUGCCUUCCCUGGCGUGGCCCCCAGAGUCCUGGCCCACUUCUUGCAUUUUCACUUUUACGAGAUUAAUGGCAUCACCGCGGCGCUGGCUGAAGAGCUCUUUGAGAAAGGAGAGCAGCUCCUGGGGGCUGGUGAGGUCUUUGCCAUUGGGCCCCUGCAGCUCUAUGCAGUCACCGAGCAGCUGCAGCAGGGGAAGCCCACGUGCGCCAGCGGGGACGCCAAGACGGACCUCGGGCACAUCCUGGACUUCACCUGUCGUCUUAAAUACCUUAAGGUCUCUGGCACUGAAGGGCCUUUUGGGACCAGCAACAUUCAGGAGCAGCUCCUGCCAUUCGAUCUGUCAAUAUUCAAGUCUCUUCAUCAGGUGGAGAUAAGUCACUGCGAUGCGAAGCACAUCCGAGGGCUGGUCGCCUCGAAGCCCACCCUGGCCACGAUGAGCGUCCGCUUCUCGGCCACCUCGAUGAAGGAAGUCCUUGUUCCUGAAGCCUCUGAAUUCGACGAGUGGGAACCAGAAGGCACGGCCCUGGAAGGCCCUGUGACUGCCGUCAUCCCCACGUGGCAAGCGUUGACCGCUCUCGACCUCAGCCACAAUGGCAUCUCCGUGAUCGACGAGUCUGUGAAAUUGAUCCCAAAGAUUGAGUUCCUGGAUCUGAGUCACAAUGGCGUGCUGGUCGUGGACAACCUGCAGCACCUGUACAACCUGGUGCACCUGGACCUGUCCUACAACAAGCUCUCCUCCCUGGAGGGUGUCCAUACCAAGCUGGGGAACAUUAAGACCCUGAACCUGGCGGGCAACCUCCUGCAGAGUCUGAGCGGCCUGCAGAAACUCUACUCCCUGGUCAACCUGGAUCUCAGCAACAACAGAAUUGAACAGAUGGAGGAGGUCAGGAGCAUAGGCAGCCUCCCGUGUCUGGAGCACGUGGCUCUGCUGAACAACCCUCUGAGCAUCAUCCCGGACUACCGGACCAAGGUGCUCGCUCAGUUCGGAGAGAGGGCCUCUGAGGUCUGCCUGGAUAACACGGCGACCACAGAGAAGGAGCUGGACACCGUGGAGGUCCUGAAAGCCAUUCAGAAAGCCAAGGAGGUCAAGUCCAAACUGAGCCACCCAGAGAAAAAGGUUGGCGAGGAUUCCCGGCUCUCUGCUGCCCCCUGCGUCAGACCCAGCGGCUCCCCUCCCAGCGUGGCUCCUGCCUCCGCCUCCCUGCCCCAGCCCAUCCUCUCCAACCAAGGAAUCAUGUUCGUGCAGGAGGAGGCCCUGGCCAGCAGCCUCUCGUCCACCGACAGUCUGACUCCUGAGGACCGGCCCGUUGCCCGGGGCUGCUCCGAUUCCUUGGAGUCCCUCCCUGUGGGACAGGCAGCCUCCGAGGAUGUGAGGGACGUGCCUGGAGCUGUUGGUGGGGCCAGCCCGGAACACACAGAGCCGGAGGUCCAGGUGGUACCCGGGUCUGGCCAGAUCAUCUUCCUGCCCUUCACCUGCAUCGGCUACACCGCCACCAACCAGGACUUCAUCCAGCGCCUGAGCACGCUGAUCCGGCAGGCCAUUUAGCGCGCCGGGAUGGAGGCCGCCAAUCAGCGGGAGGCGGGCCAGGGCGAGCACGGCGAGGAAGAGGAGGAGGCGGCUGAGAACCGCUACUUUGAAAUGGGGCCCCCGGAUGCGGAGGAAGAGGGGGAGGAAGGCCAGGAGGAGGAGGAGGAGGAGGAGGAGGAGGAUGAAGAGGCGGAGGAGGAGCGCCUGGCCCUGGAGUGGGCCCUGGGCGCGGACGAGGACUUCCUGCUGGAGCACAUCCGCAUCCUCAAGGUGCUCUGGUGCUUCCUGAUCCACGUGCAGGGCAGCAUCCGCCAGUUCGCCGCCUGCCUGGUGCUCACCGACUUCGGCAUUGCCGUCUUCGAGAUCCCGCACCAGGAGUCGCGCGGCAGCAGCCAGCACAUCCUGUCCUCCCUGCGCUUCGUCUUCUGCUUCCCGCACGGCGACCUCACCGAGUUCGGCUUCCUCAUGCCCGAGCUGUGCCUGGUGCUCAAGGUGCGGCACAGCGAGAACACGCUCUUCAUCAUCUCGGACGCCGCCAGCCUGCACGAGUUCCACGCGGACCUGCGCUCCUGCUUCGCCCCGCAGCACAUGGCCAUGCUGUGCAGCCCCGUCCUCUACGGCGCCCCCCCCAGCCUGCAGGAGUUCCUGCGCCAGCUGCUCACCUUCUACAAGGUGGCCGGCGGUGGCCAGGAGCGCAGCCAGGGCUGCUUCCCCGUCUACCUGGUCUACAGCGACAAGCGCAUGGUGCGGACGGCCGCCGGGGACUACUCGGGCAACAUCGAGUGGGCCAGCUGCACGCUCUGCUCGGCCGUGCGGCGCUCCUGCUGCGCGCCCUCCGAGGCCGUCAAGUCGGCCGCCAUCCCCUACUGGCUGCUGCUCACGCCCCAGCACCUGAACGUCAUCAAGGCCGACUUCAACCCCAUGCCCAACCGCGGCACCCACAACUGCCGCAACCGCAACAGCUUCAAGCUCAGCCGCGUGCCGCUGUCCACCGUGCUGCUGGACCCCACGCGCAGCUGCACCCAGCCGCGGGGCGCCUUCGCUGACGGUCACGUGCUCGAGCUGCUCGUGGGCUACCGCUUCGUCACUGCCAUCUUCGUGCUGCCGCACGAGAAGUUCCACUUCCUGCGGGUCUACAACCAGCUGCGGGCCUCCCUGCAGGACCUGAAGACUGUGGUCAUCGCCAAGACCCCUGCAUCUGGGCCCGGGCCCCAGGGCCCCCCAGCGGAUGGCCAGCCUCCUGAGGGCAGGGCCAGAAGCGACCAGCGUGCUCAGGAAGCCCCAGCAGAGGCUCCACUUUUGGCCCCAGCACCAGCCCCAACUCUGGCGGAGGUCUCUACUCCGGCCCCUGCUUCAGCAGCAGCCUCAGCUCCAGACCUGGCAGAGGCCCCAGCCCCAGCUCCAGCUCCAGCUCCCGCCUCGGCGCCCCCCGCGGCCCGUCCUUCAGCAGCAGCCUCAGCUCCAGACCUGGCAGAGGCCCCAGCCCCAGCUCCAGCUCCAGCUCCAGCUUCGGCGCCCACUGAGGCCCCAGCUCCAGCUCCAGCCCCGCAGGAGGCUUCUGCAGAGACCCCUGCUCCAGCCCCGGCGGAGGCCCCCACCCAGUACCCGAGUGAGACCCUGAUCCAGACCACCUCGGAGGAGAACCAGCUGCCCUCACACCUGCCCGUCUGCCCCCCACUGCGGCACAUUGCCAGCCUGCAGGGCGACGCCGUCAUCCAGCUCUUCCACAGCAGCAUUGCUGAGGUGGAGAACGAGGAGCUGCGGCACCUGCUGUGGUCCUCGGUGGUGUUCUACCAGACCCCAGGGCUGGAGGCCACAGCCUGCGUGCUGCUGUCCACCAGGGCCAUCUACCUCGUGCUGCACGACGGCCUGCGCCGCUACUUCUCCGAGCCGCUGCAGGAUUUCUGGCACCAGAAGAACACGGACUACAACAACAGCCCCUUCCACAUAUCCCAGUGCUUUGUCCUGAAGCUCAGUGACCUGCAGGCAGUCAACGUGGGGCUUUUUGACCAGUAUUUCCGGCUGACGGGCUCCACCCCAGUGCAGGUGGUGACUUGCCUGACGCGUGACAGCUACCUGACACACCGCUUCCUGCAGCACCUCAUGGUGGUGCUCUCGUCGCUGGAGCGCACCCCGUCGCCCGAGCCUGUCGACAAGGACUUCUACUCUGAGUUUGGGCACAAGGCCACAGGGAAGAUGGAAAACUACGAGCUGAUCCACUCGAGCCGUGUCAAGUUCACCUACCCCAGCGAGGAGGAGAUCGGGGACCUGACGUUUACCGUGGCCCAGAAGGUGGCUGACCCCGAGAAGGCCCCGGCCCUGAGCAUCCUGCUGUACGUGCAGGCCUUCCAGGUGGACACGCCGCCUCCUGGGCGCUGCAGGGGACCCCUGCGCCCCAAGACGCUGCUGCUCACCAGCGCUGAGAUCUUCCUCCUGGAUGAGGACUACGUCCACUACCCACUGCCCGAGUGCCAAAGGGACAGGUACCGGCUGGACGAUGGCCGCCGCGUCCGGGACCUGGACCGCGUGCUCAUGGGCUACCAGACCUACCCACAGGCCCUCACCCUCGUCUUUGAUGAUGUCCAAGGCCACGACCUCAUGGGCAAUGUCACCCUGGACCACUUCGGGGAAGUGUCAGGUGGCCUGGCCAGGGCCGGCCAGGGCCAGGAGGUCCAGUGGCAGGUGUUUAUUCCUAGCGCUGAGAGCCGAGAAAAGCUCAUCUCGCUGCUGGCCCGCCAGUGGGAGGCGCUGUGCGGCCGGGAGCUGCCGGCUAGCCCAGCCCAGCCCAGCCCACAGCCAGCCCUUGUGGCCUGCCGAGUCCAGCCUGGCCUGCUCAGGACAGGGAAGCAGGCUCUUGUUCUUGUGAAAAUGUGUUCUCUUCAUCGACAGUCCUCGCGGAGAACGUGGAUGUGUGUGUUCGGUUGUUUCCAAUCCCGGCUAUCCAUGAGCCGUCAGCCGCCGUGUCGCCCGCCCUUGGAGUGACGUGUCCUGCUAUGGGACCGUCGUUGACACGCGGGGCGCGGAUGUGGUCUGCCCUUCUGCGCGUGCUCUCCUGGGUGUCGAGUCCUGUCCUUGUCGCUGUUGCUGCUGUUGUGGGCGUCCUGCUGCUGACCGUGCUGCUGAGCAGAGCACAUGGAGGCUCCCACCCCAGGAGGGGAGGCCGCCACCGUCCGGACAGGUGGGAGAGCCCAGGGGCAGGAGAGCCCAGGUUGGGGCUGAGCGGGAGGCCCGGGGGCCCAGGUGUGAUGCCUGUUGCCUAUUUUCUGAAUUCCAAUAAAGCAGAGUUUGACAGUC